AUGACCAGCCAGUCUCAGGGCAUCCACCAGCUCCUUCAGGCAGAAAAACGGGCCAAAGACAAGCUCGAUGAGGCAAAAAAGAGAAAAGGGAAGAGACUGAAACAAGCUAAGGAAGAAGCAAUGGCAGAAAUUGACCAGUACCGAAUGCAAAAAGAGAAAGAGUUUCGACUCAAACAAUCUACGAUAAUGGGCUCUCAGAGUAAUCUUGCAGAAGAAAUAGAAGAGCAAGCACUAGUGAAGAUACAAGAUCUGAAUGGAAGCUACAAUCAGUACCUGGAGAGUGUGAUGAACCAGCUUCUGAGCAUGGUCUACAAUAUGAAACCAGAAAUCCACAUGAACUAUAGACCCACAAACUAA